GACACGGCAGUGGGCGGGGCUUCCCGAGGCGGGUGUGGAUUCCGGCAGUUGAGGAUAGCAGGCGCGCGCUGCUGGGCCGGCGGCGCGAGGCAAAGCCCUGUGGGGGGUCUUUCUGAGGGUAAGGCGAAUGGGCCGCCUCGAGGAGUGAAGGCUCCCUCUCCCUCCCCCGACGGUGCGCGCGCACAGAGGCCCGGCUUUACGAGGGGCGCCAUGGAGGGCAGUGGCCGAGGCGGAGGUCCGUCGGCGCGGGGAGCCGGCCGCGAGAAGAAGAAGGGCAAGAGCCCCGAGGAGCCCACAGUGGCGGCCGUUUCGGCGGGAGACCCCGGCGGAGGAGGAGGGGGAAAGUCCCGGAAGUUUAAUCUGAAAAGGGUGAUGGCAGAUGAGCUUGAGAGAUUCACAAGCAUGAGGAUAAAGAAGGAGAAGGAAAAAUCAAAUGCGGCACAUAGGAAUUCCUCUGCUUCCUAUUCAGAUGUUUCAGGUCAGCUGCUUCAGGAAAUCUCAGAUGAGGAUGUUCUGGUCCUCUUUGAGCAGAUGCUGGUGGAUAUGAAUCUAAAUGAGGAAAAACAGCAGCCUCUAAGGGAGAAGGAUAUUGUCAUCAAGAGAGAGAUGGUCUCUCAGUACUUGCACACUUCAAAAGCGGGAAUGAGUCAAAAGGAGAGCUCCAAAUCUCCUAUGAUGAAUAUCCAGGAACUAAAAUCUGGUCUCAGAGAUGCACAACUUCUUAAUUGUUUGGAGUCUUUGCGUGUAUCACUCAACAAUAAUCCUGUCAGCUGGGUGCAAAAUUUUGGAGCAGAAGGCCUGAAUUGCUUGCUGGACAUAUUGAAAGGACUUCAUGAUGAGAAGGAUGACAUUUUGGGGCCAUAUGACACCCGGAUCAAACAUGAGAUAAUUAGGUGCUUAAAAGCUUUCAUGAACAAUAAGUUUGGAAUUAAAACAAUGCUCGAAACUGAAGAUGGGAUACUGCUUUUGGCAAGAUCAGUGGAUCCCAAAGUCCCUGCCAUGAUGAUUGAUGCUAUCAAACUACUCUCAGCCCUCUGUAUCUUGCCUCAGCCUGUGGACAUGCAUGAACAAGUUCUGGGGGCAUUGACAGAGCGAGCAGAAAUGGAUGAAGUGGAACGAUUCAAACCUAUUUUGGAUGGUCUAAAAAGUGGUACCUCAGUGGCAUUAAAGGUAGUCUGUCUACAGUUGAUCAAUGCCCUAAUAAUCCCAGCAGAUGAACUUGACUUCAGAGUUCACAUCCGCAGUGAGCUGAUGCGUUCUGGACUCCAGCAGAUCCUCAAGGAACUACGUACUCUGGACAAUGAGGAGCUAUUGGUGCAGCUGCAAGUAUUUGAAGAAAGUGGAGAAGAAGAUUCUGCUGAUCUCAGAAGCCGAUUGGAGGAUGUUCGCAUAGAAAUUGAUGACCCCAGUGAAGUCUUCCAGAUUCUCCUCAAUACUGUAAAGGAUUCAAAGGCAGAGCAGCAUUUCCUUUCCAUGUUGCAACACCUCCUGCUAGUCCGUAAUGAUUAUGAGGCCAGGCCUCAGUAUUUUAAAUUGAUUGAUGAAUGCAUUUCACAGAUAGUCCUGCAUAAAAAUGGUGCUGACCCAGACUUCAGACGCAAGCAUCUUGAUCUUCAUAUAGAGGGACUAAUAGAUAACCUGAUUGAUCAAACUAAGGUGGCAAAAAGUGAGGCUAAAGCCAUAGAACUGGAAAAGAAGUUGGAUUCUGAGUUGACAGCACGUCAUGAACUGCAAGUGGAAAUGAAGAAAAAGGAAAACGAUUUGGAGCAAAAAUUACAAGAUUUACUUCAUGAGAAAGAAACCCUGGAAUCAGAGAAAGAACAGGUCUCCUUAGAGAAAAAAAGCCUGGAAAAUACUACUUCCUUGCUGAAUGAUCAAAUUGCUUCUCUGAUGCAAGAACUUGAGGAUCUUAAGAAGAAAAUGGAACACAUCACUUCUUCAUCUGUUUCGCCUGGAGGGGCAGAGGUUUCUCCUACUCCUCCACCACCGCCUCCUCCCCCACCUCUUCCUGGAGGAGCAGCAGUGCCUCCUCCUCCGCCUCCUCCUCCUCCCCCACCUCUUCCUGGAGCAGUAGCAGUACCUCCACCACCUCCUCUCCCUGGAGCAGCAGCAGUGCCUCCUCCACCACCACUCCCUGGAGCAGCAGGAAUUCCGCCGCCACCUCCGCCACCUCCUCCUCUUCCUGGGAUGGCAGGUGUACCACCCCCACCACCACCUCUACCUGGCAUGCCAGGAAUACCACCUCCACCUCCACCUCUUCCUGGGAUGACAGGGGGACCACCUCCUCCACCACCUCUACCAGGGAUGGCAGGGAUGCCGCCACCACCACCACCUCUUCCUGGAAUGGCUGGGGUACCUCCACCCCCACCACCUCUUGGAGUGCCUCCUCCCCCCAUGCCACCUGCAUUUGGGUCCAUGACAACUGCAGCUCCAGCUCUGCCAUUUGGAUUGACUCCAAAGAAGCUUUACAAGCCAGAAGUUCAACUGCGAAGAACUAACUGGUCUAAGAUUACAGCUCAGGAGUUAUCAGAAGACUGCUUUUGGGCCAAAGCUAAGGAGGAUCGUUUUGAGAAUGAUGAACUCUUUGCCAAGCUGACUCUUGCCUUUUCAAGUGCACAAGCCAAAUGUAAGUGAUGCUUAAAGAAACAACAGGAGAAUGAAGAGGAGAAGGGCCAAGCAAAGAAGAAGGUCAAGGAGCUGAGAGUGCUGGAUUCAAAGAAUGCACAGAAUCUUUCAAUAUUUUUAGGCUCCUUCCGCAUGCCUUAUGAAGAGAUCAAGAAUGCUAUCCUGGAGGUGAAUGAAGUUGUGUUGACUGAGUCCAUGGUGCAGAACCUGAUUAAGCUAAUGCCAGAACCAGACAAAUUGAAGAUGAUAGCAGAACUGAAGGGAGAUUAUGCUGAACUGCCUGAACCAGAGCAAUUUGGAGUUGUGAUUAGUUCAGUUUCCCGUCUAAUGCCUCGCCUCCGUGCCAUCCUCUUCAAACUACAAUUCAGUGAACAGGUGGAAAACAUCAAGCCACAAAUAGUUUCUGUGACAGCAGCCUGUGAGGAAGUCCGUAAGAGUGAGAAUUUCUCCAAUUUACUCUCCAUCAUCCUUCUGGUGGGCAAUUAUAUGAAUUCUGGAUCCAUGAAUGCUGGUGCUUUUGGUUUUAACAUCAGUUUCCUCUGCAAGCUCCGAGACACCAAGUCGGCUGAUCAGAAAUUGACGUUGUUGCACUUUUUGGUUGAAACAUGUGAGCAGCAGUAUCCUGAUGUGUUGAAGUUUCCUGAUGAACUCAUCCAUGUGGAGAAGGCUUGUCAAGUUUCUGCUGAAAAUUUACGGAAAAACCUGGAUCAGAUGAAGAAACAGAUUUCAGAUGUGCAGCGUGAUGUUGACAGUUUCCCCAGCGCUACAGAAGAGAAAGAUAAAUUUGUAGAGAAAAUGACUAGCUUUGUUAAAGAGGCCCAAGAGCAGUAUGAGAAGCUACGGAUGAUGCACUCAAACAUGGAAAACCUUUAUAAGGAAUUAGGUCAAUACUUCCUGUUUAACACCAAUAAAGUAUCAAUUGAGGACUUCUUCACUGAUCUCCACAACUUCAGAAACAUGUUUGUGCAAGCGUUAAAGGAAAACCAGAAGCGGCGAGAGACAGAAGAGAAGAUGCGAAGAGCUAAACUAGCCAAAGAGAAAGCAGAAAAGGAAAGGCAGGAGAAGCAACAGAAGAGAGAGCAACUGAUUGACAUGAAUGCAGAAGGCGAUGAAACCGGAGUUAUGGACAGUUUAAUGGAGGCCUUGCAGUCAGGAGCAGCUUUCCGUAGAAAAAGGGGACCACGCCAAGCAAACAGAAAAGUUGGAUGCGCUGUCACUUCAUUAUUAGCUUCAGAGCUCACCAAGGAAGAUGCCCUUGGUGGAAGCAAGCAAAGCAAGGUGCGCAGAAAUGAAGACGAUGGAGGACUUGCUGGAGAAGUUCCUGAUGAAACCACCCAGGCAGCAAGCAGCCGUCAGAACUAGAGUUGAAUGCCAGGGUGGGACUAUGACGCCUUUUGCGCCGGAGACGUUUUACAGAGGAAUUGAAACAACACUGAGUCACUUUGUAAACUUUUGAAUUUUUUGUUUUAUUUUCCAUGGGCACGAAGAGAUAAAUGAUGCAAUCAGUUCUGCCUUGUCCCCUCUAGGGUUGUUUUGCAACACCUCUUGAGCUUUUUGCUACCACAUACAUCUCAUCUUGAAUUUCCCAUCUGCCUUUCUCAGAAUCAGAACUACAAAGCUUUCUGCUGAGCAUGCACCAUGCUUGGAGCAAAAGUGACUGGUGCUCCUGUGUUGGCUCCAUCCCCUGCAGGCGGGGGGAGCAGGGGGAGGAGUAUAACCUGAAAUGGGGAAAGGAAGCCAAGACGAAGAGCCUGAAGGCCAUCUCUCUGCACUGAUGUUGCCAAAGCAGGAAUGCAACAAACUGCCUUAACCUGGACUUUUUUAUUUUUAGCUGUUCAUAUAUGUGGGCAGCCUGGGCUGUUGGAAUAUCUCACAGGCCUCUUUCUUCCCCCAAAGCUCCCCAUCCAGCCGUGCUGGUGGCCAGUGUUGCUCCCACCUGCAGUGAUCCAUAGGAGGAAACCCCAUGAGACAUCUUAGAUGGUGUCCCUCCCAUCCCAUCCUGCAUUGCCAACUGCCAUGCUGUGCAGCACCUGCUUUUCUUACUUGCUACCUAGUGCUAGGAAAGAAAAUGUCUCUUGGAUCACAGUGUCACUGUAGUGACAGGACUCUAUCUGAUCAUGAUGGGGAAUGUUGUCCUUUUUCUUUGUGUUGAGAUGAUUUUUGCUGCUCUGCUGUGCUGCUAUCUCUGUCUUUUUACACAAACUUCCUGUCACUGUAGAAAUGAUAAUGGUGACCCAUUAAGAGAAAGUUGUGAUUGUUCUCUGCUAACUAGCUGGAGGGGGAGCGUGCUGCAUCUACCUCCGCAAGCUUUUGAGCCAAGAGGAUUCUGCGAUACACAACCUCAGGGACAGGUGUCUUUGCUCCUCAUACCUGAGCAAAAGUAUUUACUGCAACCCCAAAAUAAUGCAUCUUGAGUUGUAAUCCUCUGCUGUGUACUACUCCUGCUGGACUUGCUACUGGAAGAAUUUAUACAUUCCUUGAUCUGUGGCAAAAUCCCUUGUGUAGCUGAAGCACAGUCUGCAAGCUGCCACCUGGGCCUCCAAGCCCUAUUUGCUUUUGCCAGUGCCAUGCCAUGCAGACAAACGUAUCUAACCUCCAUGUGGUGGUGGAAGAAUAGUGGAUUUUCCAAAAGUGGGAUAUCACUGUUGCAAAUGUAUCUAUUUUUCUAUCAGGUUUUGUUUUAAAAGGUAGUGAUGGUAAAAUGAAAAUAUCUCAAAUACAUGCUUUUUCCUGGAAUUCCUUCCUUGCACUGUUGUAACUUUUAACACCAUUCACCUACAGGAGCCAAAUUAUUCAUCUACCAGUAGGCUUUUAUAUUUGGACUUGCAUCACUCAUGACACUUUACUGAGAUUUCCAUGGUCAGAGAAAUUUCUAAUGUUAAGAAGUCGUGUAGCUUUGCCAACAGAACCCUCUUUUCAUUACUCCUUUGGGGGCCACAGUUUCUAAGUCCUGCCUGUUCUGUCUUGAUAGGGGCAGGCCAGAAGCAUUACUCUGCAGAGGCCUGAAAGUGCCCUCUCUCCCAGGUGUUUAGUUUGGAUGUAAGUCAGCUUCCUUGAUUUCUUGGGUUGGGUACUAUUUGGAGUUCUCUGGCCUCAAGAGUAUCCCUCUAUUUGCUUAAGCAUAAUUUACAUUGCCAAAUGGUUCUAGAGCAGUAGAGUUUUUAAAAAUUGCCUGUGCACACACACUCCUGUGUACAGUCCUUUCAAACUUCACAGCCAUUUUAAUUGAUAAAUGUUCAUAAUGUAAUCGGUGGGGAUACAUACAUACCUGAUUGUCUGUCUUCAUGUAGGCGUGUUGACAGCCUCAGGUGAAUAUGGGAAAUGACUGAAAAUUUAUGGAGGUACACUGCUGAAUGCUCAUGAUCAUUUAAUGAGUAUUCCAGUGUGGGGAAGUUUGUAUGUGCUAGACAGUUGUAAAAAUGCAUUUUAGAUUGGCAACAUUCAUGUGCUGUUUGUUACAGUGCUUUGGAUAUUAAUGCAUAAAAUAAAUCUACUUCAGAUGGUCAUAGAUGGAGAGGACAGAAUAGUGCAAAUCAGGGAAAUGGGAUGCUUAGAUUCCCGAGGUCCACCUCCACUUGGCUUCAGGUCUUCAGAUCCCUUCUUUCUCCCUCAUUUUUGCAGAGUGACAGUUAAGCCCCAAGAGCCAGGGAGGUACAGGUAUGGCAUGCUCUGGGAAAAUUUGGACUCUUUUCUGAAAAUCACUUGCUCCUUCACCCAUUUGCCAACUGAAACACAAUUUUUGAAACAGCUAUUUCAAAAAGGAAUAAUAGCCCAAGGUCAAAGAAGACUCUUCCAAAACUAAUCCAAGAUUUGGGUGAAUUUAAUCUCUGGAUUUUGCCCAGUGCUAUUGGCACUAUAAAGAUAGGAGCAAAGAGGCGUGAGAAAGUAGAACUUGCCCCAUCAUUUUUGCAACAACAUCAAGAGGAAGAGGUUUGGAGUUUCCUACCCCUUUCCUCUGGCUAAGCGGAAAAGACGUCCUUCUUUUGGUCCGUUCCAGGAAGGCCUGCACAAUCAACAAGGCUGAGGAUAGGACUCUUCUGGGAUUGUUGAUGUCCUGUGUCAGCAUUAUCACAGUGUUCACUGUAUGCAAUCAUACACAUGACUAAAAGUAGAUGUUUUUUCUAUCACUUCUGGGCAUAGCCCACGUUAUCUCUCUUCAUUCUUAUUUCCGAUUUUCUGUCUCGCAAUUUUAUCCCCUUUCUCUCUUUGUUGUGUCUCCCAUCCCUUUUGUCUUCCACUUUCUCUGCCCAUUUCCAUUUCCUUUCCUUUCUAACUACACAUAAAAUAGCCACAUGGCACUAUCUCCUCCAACCUCUCCCCCCCUCCCCCUCUCUCUCACACACACACACACACAUUUAAACAGCAUACAUCCACGCACUUCUCUCCACCUUUUAUCUCUCCCUUUCAUUCCUACUGGGUUUGCAGUAUCACACUUUCAUCCUCACAUCCACAUUCAUUGUGUUUAGGGGAACCCCUUACUCAGCAAAAUUGGAGUAUUGUAUAAGUUACUGCAUUUGUAGUGCCAAACUUGGUUCUGGCCUGGUAGCGAGGUUGCCAGUUUCCAGGAAAGAGAACUGCUUAUACUCGGUAGUAGCACUUCCAGUCUUUCCUCCAUGGUAAUGGGCAAAAAACGUAAGAAGCUAUACUGCAGAUACAGCAAUAAAGCUUUCUUGGUAGUACUGAGUGCUAACAGCAUAUUCAGCCUCUACAAAUGUAGCCAUUAAGGUCCCAUAGCGGUGACAGGCUAUAUUCAGUCCUUCCAAAAGGUAGCUGAAGAGGCAGUAAAUUUGGUCCUUUCCCAGAAUCACACCUAUCUAGGGCCUAGGCACUGAUGGUCAUGGGAACAGGCAGAUCUGGCUCUCCAUUACUAUUUCUAUAGUCAGCCAUUUGUUUUCUUCCCUGGGCAAGCACAUAACCAUCAUACAGAAGAAAACAGAUGGACCUGCUUAGGAAAUUUGAACCUAUAAAUCAUCUCUGCCUCCCACACUGAGAUUACCCCUACCAUUGGUGGCAUAGGGAUUGACACAUCCACCUCUCUGGAAGAAAAGACUGCAGUUCUGAAAAAGAAUAUUUGGUCCACAACCCAGAUGAUGACAGGUGACAAUAUCUGGGGCAGGUGUUACUUCCUCACAUGUAGCCUUAGAUUGCUCCUAUUUGAUCAGACAGUUCUCACCAUUGCUUCUAUUGAGGAAAAUAUUCAUCCUUGACUUUCCCAUUCUUUCCCAGGACUGAUUUUCAAGUGACUUGAUGAUAUCACUCAUUAUAGCUGAAUAGGGGGGUAGAGACGGUUUACUUGGGGUGAAGGGGGGAGCCACUGAACUCCCAGGCUGCCUUCUUUAUGCUCUUCCAAGAAAGGGAUAAAAGGGAAGACCCUGCAUGAGAAGAAGGUACUAUCUUCCUUGGUGUCUCAUUCUGGGGAAUUGUUACUUCAUGUGGACUGGAGUGGAUUGUGCAAAGGCUGUGCUGCCAAAUAGUCACCUCAUUCAAUUUUAAAUCCCAGUUUCUAAGACAACAGUAGAAAUAUGGUGGUUGCUUCCCUCCUUGCGGUGGAUGUGAGGUGGUAGAACCAAAGCAGAAGAGAAUAAAUUGUUGGUGCUUGAAGUAGACAUAGGAGAGUGCAGUGAUAGGCUGAUUUCUGCCUUUCUGUCCUGUUCCUUCAUCUGCAGUAUGAAAAUAAACAGAUUGGUGGGGUUGUGACCAAGAUGCUUUUAUCCGGGUGGACAAUAGCCAAUAGCUUAUAUUAAUUCCACUAAGAGUUUCCUCUACAUUGCAGUUUUCAGAGGCAGUUAUGCACGCAGACCCUCCUCACGACUAGACAUAUCAUCAUCUUAAUGUUUCACAUAUAGUGACUCAGAUGAACAUCUAUUUGAUAUCGACCUAACCAUAUUCCCAAAAUUUCCUCCAAUAAGACACUUUCCCACCUCUUUUCAAUGAAGUGAAGCUCAAAGGCUGUAUUUUCUAAAUAAACUGUUUCUUAACAGAGAGAAGUGAAAUUGUCUCCAACAGAUUGCCAACCAUUUUUGAUGGGGACUGGGUGGUGUUUUCUGUACAGCGGGUUGGACAUUGCCUCCAAGUCCUUCCAGGACAUUGGCCGUAGUGAGCCCUUCUUUGUAAUGCUCAUCUUCUCUCUCCCCCAAACCAAUGGUGUGCCACUGGGAUUUUUCAACUUUUAUUUUUUUAUUGUAGAAUAUUUUUCGUUAUCUUUCAUAAGGGUGCACAUUACAAUCCAUAGUGUAUUAGUUUUCUUUCCUGAAAACAAAGUUGUGACACUGGGAUCUUUGUAACUUUUAUUUUUAAUGAAAUCCUGUUAAGUUAUAUUUCAUAAGAGGAAAAAAUUAUAAUUGAUAGUUUAUUGGGUGUUUGGGGUGUAAACAUAUCUAAUUUUUGUUCCAAACUGUUAAUAAAAAUGUUUCCCAUU